AUGCCAUUGGGAUAUCCUGUUGUGUUGACAUUGGGACACCUCGUUAGGCUGCUAUUAGGAUAUCUUGUCAGGAUGCCAUUGGGACACCCUUUUGGACUGCUAUUGGGAUAUCCUAUUAGGUUGCCAUUGGGAUAUCUUGUUAGGCCGCCAUUACGACACCCAUCAGUCGCCAUCGACAACAUGUUGGGCCUAGAUGUCCCCAUCGAUGACAAACAGCUGCUCAACUUUGAAAAAUUUUCCAACACUCAAAGAGGUUAUUAUGAAGGAACACUCAAUAACUAUUUAUACUAUCUGAGGAACCGCACUCUCUCAACCACAUCUUCUGAUAAUGCUCAAGAAGGGAGUGAGCAGCAGACAGAAAAGAUAUCUGUGACAUUUGUUGACAAGGAUGGGGAGGAAAAGCUUAUCAAGGUCCCAGUUGGAAUGUCAAUGUUAGAAGCUGCUCAUGAAAACGACAUUGAACUUGAAGGAGCAUGCGAGGGAUCGAUUGCAUGUUCUACAUGUCACGUAAUUGUCAUGGAUGUGAACUACUACAACAAGUUGGAAGAUCCAACCGACGAAGAAAACGACAUGUUAGACCUUGCAUUUGGGCUCACACAAACGUCUCGUCUUGGUUGUCAAGUGAUCGCGAAGCCUGAACUCGACGGAAUGCGUUUAGCUCUUCCAGCAGCAACGCGAAAUUUUGCCGUUGAUGGGUACAUUCCGAAACCACACUGAAUGUAGCAACAAAAUAUUUUCUUUUCGCCGAAAGUUUAUAAGGUUGUGAUCAACCUAAAAUUUUGUAUCUUUAUACUUUGUAUUCAAUCCAUAAUCCAUAACAUACUUUGUGCUAAGUCAUAAAAGAUACAAAUGAUACUUUUUGAUAGUUGGCAUAUUAUGUAUUAUUUAAAUAUUUUUAUGAGAAUAUUCACAUAACAUUCUGUUAAACUUUUAUUUCUAUUUUAAGCUG